UCAACCAAGUAAUAAUUUAAGGUUUAACUUCAGUAACCCUUUUUUUUUUUUAUAUAGAACAUGACAUUCGGAUAUAUUCCCACUUGUAUAAAUAGACAAAGACAAACAAAUGCAAGGUGCCCCAAAGCUCUCGAGAAACAUCUGCUAUAUUUAGAAGAGAAAUUGUCUAAAAAUAACAGCAAUAUUGUGGUGGCAACCGGAACCAUAGCAACAAGUUGAGCAAUAAAACAUAGGGUAAUAUAGGGUGAAGGCUGUGUAGUUUAAGAUUGUCAUCAUGUUAUUAAUGGCCCCUCAGAUCUUCUUCGUCUUCGCACUUACUUUGCUUCUUGGCGUUGCUUCUGCUACUGAUGUGCUUGGUGCGGUUGAGUUCGCUUAUUCUGGCAAAAAUGGCCCUGACAAGUGGGGAAGUUUGGAUCCAGCAUUCGCAGCAUGCUCAUCAGGGAACAAGCAAUCUCCUAUAAACAUUCAGAAGAAUCAGACUGUUCACAACAAAUUAUUGAAACCUUUAAUCAGGAAUUAUAAACCUGCAAAUUCUACCCUCGUUAACAAUGGCUUCAAUAUUGGGGUGCGCUUUGAUGAAUAUGCUGGAGAGGUAACGAUUGAUGGCAAAACCUACUCACUCAGGCAAAUGCACUGGCAUUUGCCAUCUGAGCACCAUAUUAAUGGAGAACAAUUUGCUGCUGAACUUCAUUUGGUCCACCGGGCAGCAGAUAACAGCGUUGCAGUUGUAGCAUUACUCUACCAAGAAGAGGAUGCCGAUCCAGUUAUCUCCAAGAUUAUGAAUGGGUUGAAUAAUUUGGCUAAGGAGAAAUGUAAAGCAGAUGAAGUAGCUGAAAUUCCCCUUGGUACCUUGGAUAUCAAGCCAUUGAAGAGAAGUAGCCGCAAAUACUACAGAUAUGCUGGUUCUCUUACCACUCCUCCUUGCUCGGAGAAUGUCACAUGGAGCAUCCUCGGAAAGGUGAGAUCGAUUUCGAAAGAGCAGAUAGCCGCUCUGGAAGCUUCCGUGAACUCAAAUUGCAAGAAAAACGCAAGGCCUUGUCAGCGAUUGAAUGGUCGGAAGGUUGAGCUGUAUGAUGAGCUUAUUGGCUAAAAACUUUAAUCAUUGGUUCUAAAAAGGGUGGGGGGAAAGUAUUUUUGUACUCUAUGAACUUUUUUCCAUGCACUUAGAACAACAUCAAUAUAUUUUACUAAACUGUUGAGCCUGCAUCAGAAUUUUCUCUUUUAUAUUGGCUGAUAGACAAAGAAUACCAUCCAAACUAAAUUUUUCUGAAAUUCUGAGCUUGAAAACAGGCACCAGCUUUUGUCCUAUUAGUGAUAUGAUUUACGUAAGACAAUAGAGCUGCUCCAGUCUCAAUCAUCAACUACUCAAACUUGUAGAAACACAUGGGGUAAGGGAAAGAAAAGUAAGAGAACUAUAUGUUACAUGAUUCAUAGCUUAGAAUUGAUGGAGCAAUAAAUAAACUAGCCUAAAAAUAUCACCCGAAAAAAUAAGAUUUAAUUUGUUUAACCUUGACUGAGUUUUACAAAAUGAAAUUCUUACAGGGUAUCAAAGACUUUAAUAUGUUGGGGGCUUGAAGCAGCUAAAAUAGACUAAAAUUUAAUAAUUAAAAAUGAAAUGUGAUGAUAGGUGAGGUAGUUAUUUUCAAAAGUUAAAAAACAAGUGAAGAAAAUGAGACAAUAAGACACUGAAACAGUCAAGAUUUUAAACCAUUUUACCUAAUACCAUCCACCUUAGCAGUCAAGUUGUCGACAAUUUCCAAACAGAGACAGCUUAACCGAGACCCAACAACACUCGUGAUUGUGAACACUUCAAAAUUAGGGUUAAGGAUGAAUAUUUAAACAGUUAAGGCAAUGAAGGGAAUUUUUUACCCUUCCCUA